AUGAUUAAAAUACCUAUCGAACAUUUACCCGCAACUAUUUGCAAUUUCUUGGUAAAACCAGGAGAAAAGGUCAUAAAAUCGCAAUCAAUUUUAAGUUAUGAAUACAAAAGGCCCGUACAAGAAAAACGACUCGAUUCAACUACAGGAGAGACUGAAUGCGUGCACGCUUUAACUCAAAUUGAAGAAUUAAAGAGUCCUACCGAGGGUGAACUUAAGCAAUUUCACGUUAUUCCGGGCGAAACAGUCAAAAGAGAGGAAAACAGGGCCGUGGUAGGGAUAAUCGAACCGUGUUUGCACUCAAUUCAAAUUCAUGGAUUAUGUGCUUUAUGUGGAGCAGAUAUUACUAUAAAAGACUCCAACGGGGUUGACUAUACUCAAAGGGCCACUAUUAGCAUGGCUCAUAAUGUUGUCGGUCUAACAGUUAGUCAGACUGAGGCCGAAAGAUUAGAAAAGGAAACAUCAAGUAGAUUAUUGGAAGCGAGAAAGCUUUCUCUAAUAGUUGAUUUGGAUCAAACUCUUGUUCAUGCAACAGUAGAACAAACCGUUGAGGAAUGGAUAAAGGAUGAAGAAAGUUCGAAUCAUCCUACUACUAAAGAUAUUCACAAGUUCACUUUACCUGAUGGUCCAUCCGUAUACUACAUCAAACUCAGACCUGAACUUAAAGAAUUCCUCAGGAGAGUGUCUGAAAUGUACGAACCUCAUAUAUAUACAAUGGGAACACGAAAUUAUGCAUCCGCUGUCGCGAACGUUAUCGAUCCAGAUAAUACGAUUUUUAAUGAGCGUAUUUUAUCACGUGAUGAGAGUGGAAGUAUGACAGAGAAAAACAUUCGUCGGUUGUUCCCUUGUGAUGAUUCAAUGGUAGUUGUAAUUGAUGAUAGAGCCGAUGUGUGGACUUGGUCACCUAAUUUAAUUAAAGUUCAUCCGUACGAUUUCUUUGUCGGGAUUGGUGAUAUUAACGAUACAUACUUACCAAAGACAAAGUCAGCUUCAAUCCCCAAGAUCAUUGUUUCAGAUAAUAAUAGUAACCCUCCUGUUGAAAAAGAUAUUGAGCAAGUAAUGGAUACAUCAAUCAGCGAGAAUAAUGUGUCUGCUACUGAAGAUGAGAAAUCACUGAAAGAAAAAGAGCAAAAUGAUGAUCAAGGAAGCUCUUCCGAGAUUACGGAGGAGAACGUUAUAAAGAAUGAUAAAGAAGAAAUUUCGAAGGAUGUUGAUAACUCUGAAGAAAAAUCGACCAGAGAGCCACUAAAGGUGAAUAUUACUGAAAAUAAUACGUCUAUCGAUGCUUUAAUAAAGCCUGCACAAAACAAUAAGCGUUCGUUUAAAGAAAUUUCGGAAGACGUCAUUAACGAUGAUGAAAAAUCUGUUAAAAAGCAACAACUUGAUCGAAAUGAAAACAAUGAAAAUGAAAAUAAAGAUCCUAAUCAAACGGUUUCAUAUGUAGAGCAAGAAUUAAUAACAAGUAAAUCAAAGCCAAUACUUGUUGAUAACGAUACGGAAUUACCUAAUUUAUUGAAGGCUUUGACAAGGAUUCAUAAACUGUAUUAUGAAGAGUACGAUCGUGCUGCUGCAAAUUCAAAUGGCGCAAUCACAAUGCCCGAUGUUACCGUUUUAAUACCACAAAUGAAAAGUCAAGUAUUGAAGGGCGUCCAUAUCUUGUUCACUCACGUUAUCCCAACGAAUCAAAAGAAAGAAGAGGCCGAAAUAUGGAUUUUAGCUAGAGAAUUUGGUGCAGAGUGUUAUGCGAAUUGGAAUAGCAGAAUCACGCAUCUAGUGGCCGGUGAUCGAGGUACCGAGAAAGUUAAAGAGGCUCGACGGAAAGGGAAUAUCUAUAUAGUACGUAAGGAAUGGUUGGACGACACCAUAAAGAAAUGGGAAAGACAGUCGGAAAAAGCUUAUGCUUUGGAAUCAUCAUCAUCGCGAGAUUCUGAGUCAAGUCAAGUAUCGGAGAUUGAUAAGCUUCCGGAAUUAAUAAUUGAAACACCCUCGGGAAAUGAGCUGACAGAUGAUGACGACUUGUUAUUAAGUCCGGAGAAACGUCAUGAACAUUUUGAGGCAACUGACUGGCGAUCCGCCUUAAAUGAGGUGGAAGAACUUUUAGCCGAGUCAGGUGAUACAAGCGCUUUAGAUGAAAGCGAAACCGAAACCGAAAGCAAUGGACGUAGGAGAUUGAAACGGUAUGGAGACGCAUUGGAUGUUGAUGAUCGUUACAUCAAACGUUUGAAGCAUUCUCCUUUACGACAAUCCAUAACAUUUAAUCAUAACGAGGAUAACGAGGAUGAAUCAGAACACGGAAGUCAAUCGAGUUUUCAAAUAUUUAAUUCCGAAGGAGAUACAACUGGUGAUUUCGAUAAACUUUCAGAAAUUGAAUCAGAAAAUGUUUACCAAGAUUCAGAGCUU